CUAGGUUUUCGUUCCGAUGGAGCGGGAAGGGGCCUCUAGCAAUUCCGAUCUGGAAGACAUGUUGCGCAAGCUGCCGGUGAUAGAGCUUGACAAAAGCAUCUUCGACCGCGUGUCGGAUGAGCCUGAUUCAGACGAAGAAGACAGAAUUGCAGAUGAAAUACUUUGGGAUGUUAUCCUUGGUGUACCUCAAAGAGAUUGGGAAACAGCGAAAGUGACUGAAUACAACAGAGUUUUUCUCGAACGUGCUUUAAAGAAUGCAGCUAAAUAUAAAAAGGACGAUGAUGAUUACAAAAAAAAGAUUGAAGAGGUCAAUUGCACACUCAGUGACAUGGAGAAAUUCGAUUAUUUUGAAAUACUGCCACGUUCUCCUUAUCCUAGCCGGUUCUACUGGUGGUACAGAGUUUAUCGGAUGAGAAACACCAAUCCCACGUCUGUGAGGAGCAAACGUUAUUCGGAUCCGGGCGCGGAAGAAUAUCUUGAAUCAGGGGUUCUUCAGUUAUUCUCAAUGAAAUUUUCUGGGGAGUUCUCAAAUGGUAAGCCAAUGAGUGUAUAUGGAUUCGUGGCUGUCCGAGAUGACGUUGAUCACCUGCGGAACUACGUAUUUAACCGAUCACGGGAGAACGCCUAUGAGAUUUUUCCGGAUUCAGCUAAUAUACCUUUGAUAAGCCCAGCUCGGGGGAUAUCUACAGAAUUUGAUGUACUAAUUGAAUAUAGUAUCAAGGUCAAAAUGAAUGAUAGUGAUUGCGCAGAAAGGGAUGUUGAACUCAUGGAUGGUUGCUUUGAGUUCAUCCAUCUGGAUAGGUUUUACCAUGAGGUGCGUGAUGUGCGAAUAUACGGUUCGCUUGGCCCAGUGGAUAUACAUUUUGCGAGUUUGACACGUGCCGUGGAGGCUUGUAUUGAUGUUAAGAUUAAAAGAACCGAAAAAGGCUGUAAUAAUCUGAAGGUGGUGACUGCUUUUACCAGCCGUUUUCCGAAUGGCAUUGUGCUGUAUGAUAGUUCUAUUUUCUCACAAGGGACACCAUCAAAAGAAGACGGGCUGCCACUACUGAUUAUCGAUUCAUCAGUGGUGGCUGUGGAGUUAGCUAGUAAGCUGAAGCUACUCUUGGAUGUCAGCACAGAAGAUGAUCCUGAAUGUGAAUUUCGUCAUCAAGAUGCCAAUAAGAGGGAAGUGCAGGGGACAGUGACGACCCAUGAGCUUUCUUUCAAAGGGAAGAAGUACGGAAGCAGUGAGGAAGCAAUUGUGAUUGGAGGGAUGCUUGAGGUGGAGGCGAAGGUCACAUGGUCCACCAUGGGAUUGCCGUGCUUCAAGUGGUAAAUGCAGUUCCCCGAAGCUUGUAUACUAAGCAUUUCGUUUUCUAAAUGUCAU